GUUUCUAUCGGUGCUCAGAUUGUACAGUUAACAGCUUCUGGAAACUUUGAGGAAGCCUUAGCUCUAUGCAAGUUACUCCCCCCUGAAGAGUCAAGCAUAAGAGCUGCGAAAGAGAGUUCGAUUCAUACAAGAUUUGCUCAUUAUCUUUUUGAAAACGGGAGCUAUGAGGAAGCCAUGGAACACUUUCUGGCGUCUCAAGUAGAUAUAACGCAUGUGCUUUCCAUGUAUCCGUCCAUCAUUCUUCCUAAAACAACAAUGAUUCCUCCACCAGAUAAGAUGGUGGACAUCUCUGGGGAUGAAACAUCUCUGUCACGAGGCUCAUCCGGAUUUUCUGAUGAUAUGGAGACUUCAUCUCCUCGUUAUUUUAUGGAAUCUGAAGGCAAUGCAGCCCUUGAGUCUAAAAAAAUGAGCCACAACACUCUGAUGGCUCUGAUAAAGUACUUGCAGAAGAAGAGACCAGGCAUUAUCGAGAAGGCCACUUCUGAAGGAACAGAAGAGGUCAUUUCUUAUGCCGUUGGCAAAACUUACGGAGCCUAUGACUCUUCCAAGACUAAGAAGUCCAACAAGGGACGUGGUACGAUCUCGCUUAAUUCAGGUGCGAGGGAGAUGGCAGCAAUUCUUGAUACAGCUCUUCUCCAAGCACUUCUACACACUGGCCAGUCUGGAGCUGCUGUAGAAUUAUUAAAGGGUGUCAACUACUGUGACGUAAAGAUUUGUGAGGAGAUUCUAAUGAAAAGCAAAAGUUAUUCUGCUCUAUUAGAAUUGUUCAAGAGCAAUUCGAUGCACCAUGAAGCCCUUAAGCUUCUUAAUCAGCUCUCGGAAGAGUCCAAAUCAAACCAGUCUCAAACUGAAAUGAAGCAGAUCUUUAGUCCUGAGUUGAUCAUUGAAUAUCUCAAGCCUCUCUGCAGGACUGAUCCUAUGCUCGUCUUGGAGUACUCUAUGCUUGUCCUGGAGAGCUGUCCAACACAAACCAUCGACCUGUUUUUGUCGGGAAACAUCUCGGCUGACCUUGUCAAUUCGUAUCUGAAGCAGCAUGCUCCAUACAUGCAGGGUAGAUAUCUGGAACUUAUGAUGGCAAUGAACGAAACCGCAGUUUCUGGGAAUCUCCAAAACGAGAUGGUACAAAUCUACCUUUCAGAAGUGCUUGACUUGCAUGCUGCAUUAAGCGCGCAGCAGAAAUGGGACGACAAGGAUCAUCCUCCUGAAAGGAAAAAGCUAUUGUCUGCAUUAGAGAACAUCUCCGGAUAUAAUCCACAGACUUUGUUGAAGCGUCUUCCACGCGAUGCUCUCUAUGAAGAGCGUGCUGUUAUAUUGGGUAAAAUGAAUCAACACGAGCUUGCUUUGUCUAUCUAUGUUCAUAAGCUUAAUGCACCUGAUCUGGCGCUGGCUUACUGUGAUCGUAUAUAUGAGUCCGUAUCUUUUCUACCAUCUGGAAAACCGGCAAGCAACAUCUACCUCACGCUGCUGCAAAUCUACCUGAAUCCUAAGAAAAGUGCAAAGGACUUUGCGAAACGUAUUGUAGCUCUAGGAUCAUUCGAGAGUUCAGAUACCACGAAGAUGAUGGAGUCUGUUUUGUCUUCAAAAGUCAAAGGAGGCAGCAGGUCCAAGAAAGUUGUUGCGAUAGAAGGCGCUGAGGAUAUGCUGAGAGCUGGUCUCAGUAGCAGCACUGACAGCGGAAGAAGCGACGUUGAUGCUGAAGUAGAGCCCAUGGAAGAAGGAAACUCCACCGUUAUGAUUUCUGAAGUUCUUGAUCUGUUGAGUCAAAGGUGGGAGAGGAUCAAUGGUGCACAAGCCCUCAAGCUUUUGCCUAGAGAAACUAAACUCCAGAACCUGCUCCCGUUUCUUGCACCCCUUCUUAGAAACUCAAGUGAAGCACACAGGAACUAUUCAGUCAUCAAGAGUUUGAGGCAGAGCGAAAACUUACAGGUGAAGGAGGAACUGUACAAACAUAGGAAAGGAGUGGUGCAAGUAACAAGCGAUAGCAUGUGUUCGUUGUGCAACAAGAAGAUUGGGGCAAGCGUGUUUGCUGUUUAUCCCAACGGGAAAACGUUAGUUCACUUUGUCUGCUUCAAAGAUUCUCAAGGCAUGAAAGCUGUUUCUAAGACAUCUCAUGGAAGAAGACGAUGAGAUGAUCAUAUUACUGUAACUAAACACAGGUUCAAGACACUAAACCAUCUUUCUUCCUUGUUUGUAAGUUUGUAAAGCUUUUUGAGCUUAUUGAUUAUUGAUGUCUGUUCUUCUUUGGUUUUGUACUUUUGUGUUUGGUUGAAAAUGGCGACAGUGGUCUUGAGGAUACCAGUUUGGUCUUGUUGUAAAACCCGUUUCGGUUGGAAAAUAAUUUAUAAAAAUGAUUUUGUGAGUGU